CACCGAGAGUCACGGAGGGAAAUAAACAUGAGUCAAACCGCCCCGAGCGCGGCGGCUGUGUGCGGCGGGCGGGGGUUGGGCCGCUUCCCGCUGAGGGGAAGCCCUGCUCGCCGGCUACCGCACAGCGUCCCGCGGUCGUCGUCCCGGCCGCUGCCGCCACACGAAACAAAGAUUCCCUUUGCCAGAAGUGCUUUCAGCAUUCUUACUGGCCUGAUGGAACAUGCUUACCCCUUGGAUCCUUUGAAGGGCUUUCUACCCUGGUGAAAGUACACUGAGCAAGUGUUGACUUGAGAGCUGCUUUUAGGAUGUCUGAAGAUGAUGAAAAAGUUAAACUUCGUCGAAUUGAACCUGCCAUUCAGAAAUUCAUUAAAGUGGCAAUUCCAACAGAUUUGGAAAGGUUAAGAAAACACCAAAUAAAUAUUGAGAAGUAUCAGAGAUGCAGGCUCUGGGACAGAUUGCACGAAGAACACAUUAACGCAGGACGAACAGUUCAGCAACUCCGCUCCAAUAUGAGAGAAAUGGAGAAACUCUGCUUGCGAGUCCGGAAGGAAGACAUCCUGGUGUUGCAGAGAAUGAUAAAUCCCGUUAAAGAGGAAGCUUCACUUGCCAUAAAAGACUUCCUGCAGCUCCAUUCUCAAUCUGCAGAAGAACUUAAAAGGCAACUCGAAGGACAGGAGGAUGCUUCUUUAACCAGAUCUGCAACUGUAGGAGGAGAAACUUUACAUAGCACAGACAUGAAGGACGGCUCCCAGAGUUUAAUCCAGAUCUACUCCCCCCUUCCUGAAAUACCUCAGCGAGAAAAUGCAGCUGAGUCCUGGGAAACUUUAGAAGAGGGCUUGAUUGAGCUUAGCCAGUUGGUGACUGACUUCUCUCUCUUAGUCAACGCUCAGCAGGAGAAGAUUGACAGGAUUGAAGACCAUGUCAACAGUGCUGCUGUGAAUGUUGAAGAGGGAACCAAAAACUUGAGGAAGGCUGCAAAAUACAAGCUGGCAGCUCUGCCCGUGGCAGGUGCAGUCAUUGGUGGAGUGGUGGGGGGUCCGAUUGGUCUCCUUGCAGGGUUCAAAGUGGCAGGAAUUGCAGCUGCAGUUGGUGGUGGGAUUUUGGGUUUCACAGGUGGAAAAUUGAUACAGAGAAGAAAACAAAAAAUGCUGGAGCAGGUCUCUUCCAGCUGUCCAGAGCUUUCUCACCAAAGUGCCAAAAAAUCCAGCUGAAAUCCAGCUUCAUUGCUAGGAACGGAAGUGUGGUAGCCAUGCUAAUGACAGACUUGCAGCCUUACACUUUAAAUACAAGGCUGAGCAGCGUGAAUUUUGACAACAGUACUGUUACUUUGGGGGGGGGUGUGAAACAGUAACACCAGAAUUUCUCUUUUCAGAUGUGGCAACAUCAGUCCUUUGAAAAGUACAUUGUUAACUCUUCAUUAUGAAAUCCUUAGGUGAGCUCUAUGCACAGCUGUAGUGAUAGCCAAUGGGUGCUUCAUGCCAAAUUUGCACAAAGUGUCUUGCAGACAACAAGAGAUAUCUGGAAAAAUCUAAUGCUCUCCUGUGAAAGCCACCCAAGAGCUGGAACUUUUACUGCAGUGCUCCAAAGAAAAGGAAAUAAGCUCCAUCUAUCCUUCAUGGUCAGAGUACUUUAAAUUUACUUUCAUUUAUCUGGAUUCCCAAACUCCUCCUGUGUAUACCCACAGGAUAUGACUGCCUAUGCCUUCCAGUAGGCACAGGGAUGCAGUAGCUGCCAUAAGAAGAGGGGAAAAUGGUGGGUGAGCAAUGUGGAAAAAACCUUAUGUAUAUCCCACAUCUGCCUCCAUCAGCCAAAUCGCAUCAGCAUUACAAGCAGCUUUUCUCCUUUUUCAGGUACCUUUUAAUUUAUAAACUCAUCUUGUUUAAAGUGUAGUUAAGAAUUAAUCAGUCCAAGGAGCAAC